AUUAGCCGUAUUUUAGUAUUGUGUGAGCAAUUGUCGGAGGCGUAUCUACGCUAAAACGAGUAGCGCGUGUUCUGUGUGUUUGUUGGCUAAAUUGUUAGUGUGUCUGCGAUCUUCGUGCCAAUGCCAACACUACGGACUGAUUGUUGUUUUCACAAUUGAUAAGUGGCAAGUCAAACAAGAAACCCGCAAGGUGUUUAACGCAAAAUUAACAAAGUCCAACAAUCGCGAACGGAAAUGCCAGUGCCAACAUAGAUCCGGUCAUCGGUCGGUCAUUAUCACUAGUGUCAAUGUGAAUUGUUUGUUGCACCUCUCCUAGAUAGCCAAAGGCACACAGCUCUUUUUGUUUUGAUUGCCAAUCGUAAAACGACCAGUGAGUGUUUUGUAGUGUCCAAAUGAGAUUAAUCGGUGACAAAAUUCAUCAAGAUUAUAUUUGAUUAUCAACGAAUAUUAAAAGCUGCCACCGAACCACCAAAAAAAAAAACAAUUGUUGUCUGCUGAGCACCGAGAUCGCAACGGCGUUCGCCCAAAGCAUAAACGUUGCAGUUGCACAAAACAACGCCAACUUUUCGAAUAAAGUGAAAUGUUGACACAACAUAAUAAUUUAUUAACAAGGAUAACCGGACAAAGGUACUCGCAACCUCAACUGUAAUAGGAAAAUAUUAACCCUUCAGUGAAAUUUCACCAAUAAUUGGCACUAAAUUCGAAUACUCUCAAAAUGGUGGACUACUAUAAAGUGUUGGACGUACCGCGUUCAGCGACAGAUACUGAAAUCAAAAAAGCUUACAGAAAAUUGGCGCUAAAAUGGCAUCCCGAUAAAAAUCCUGACAAUUUAGAUGAAGCAAACAAACGUUUUCGUGAGUUAUCAGAAGCCUACGAAGUCCUAUCAGACGAACGUAAACGAAAAAUAUACGAUAAUCGCUCGACGCUGCACAAGAGCAGUUACAGCAGCAAUUCGUCUUCAUAUACUUCAAAUGGUAGCUAUGGUGGUUCAAACGGUUAUCGUUACCGCACCACAAGCGCCAAAGACUACGACGAUUACAUACCCAGUUAUGGUUCGUCAAAGCGUGGCAAUCGCUAUCAAUUUUUCACCUUUAGAAAUCUGUUUGAGUCUACACCAUUCCACAAGUUGUUCGAGAAGAAACGUCGCGUAUACGAUCAAUAUGGUAAAGAGGGUUUAUUGAGUGACCGAGGACAUAAUCGUUCAUCCAGAUAUAAUGCACAUGAAUUUGAUGAAUUCGAUAUCAGGAGUGGUUUUCCAUUUGUAUUCCGGCCGCCUGAAGAAGUUUUCCGAGAGUUUUUCGGGGGGCAUUCGCCAUUUGCUGAUUUAUUUGGUGAUGUUCACAGUUAUCAGCAGCCGGGUAGUCGGCGUUCAAAUGGUACCUCAGGUGGCAGCAGUCGUUCACACUAUCAUGGAGGCAACUCAAAAAUCUCCACCUUUUCCGCUUCACCCAUGCUCAAUUAUUCAAUGAUGGAUUUGCUAAUGCCCUCCAAUGGAUUUACCUCUUUCUCCAGCUUUAACAGUAUGUCCGGAGGUCGCUCAAGUGGUACUGGCUCAAACGGCGCCAUUAAGCGAACGUCGACAUCAACUACGUUUGUCAAUGGCAAAAAAUUAAUGACAAAACGGGUAUAUGAAAAUGGAAAGGAAACCGUGUUUUCAUAUGAGAAUGAUGUCCUGAAAUCAAAGACUGUGAAUGGAGUUCCGCAAAAACUCUCUUCAAUUACACACUAAAUGCCACACACGCCGCAAAAGCAACAAAAAAGUCAUUUUUCAUAGAACGAAUAAAAGAUCAACUGACUCUCUGCUCAUACUCCUCAACUCUUUAUUUCAGCAAAAGGAAUCAUCGUCAAAGUAUCGUUGAUCACACGCAACAAAACACAAACUUCCUCAAAAGCACACAAAAUUUUUGUUACAUUUUUUUUUUUCAUUUUUUAUGAUUUACUUACGGUAUUUUGAUUUAUGUAUUUUUUCUUAAAUAAAUUAAUAAUUAUUUAGUAUUUAGUUAAAAUUACAUUCGAACUCCAGUAGAGAAUACCCUCUCCUCAAAUGGUGGUUGGUUUGCUAACAAAGAAAGCACAGCUGUCCGUCGUCGGGGGUUCUCAACUGCCAAGGCAGUUCGAAAACGAAAGGCAAAAAUGAGCGGAACAAAAUAAAUCUCUCCCUUAAUAACCGAUGUAAAUUAUCUGUAAAACUGAAUUUAUGUUUUGAUUCUGUUCUGUUUUCCUUUCGACCGUUUUCAUAAGUUUAGUUUAUAAAUGCAAAUUUAAGAUGUUCUCUAGUUUAAUUAUAAUUUUUUGCUUAAAUAAUAAUGAAAAUAUAAAACAAUGAUUAAAAUAGCAUUACAACAAUAAAAAAAACCUUAAAAACUCCAAUAAUCAAAUGCAAGGAAAAAUUAAUGUCAAUGCCAAUGUUUUAAAGAAAACAACCAAGAAAAACUCAAAUUAAUACGAAAAAGAAAAGAAAAUUAAACAAAAAAAUAAAUUAAAGAUACUUACAAUGCGAAUAGCAUAAA